CACAGCCUGCUCGCUGCCCGUCGCGCGAAUACAGAGAGUAGGGACAAUUUCAGAACGUCAGCGCGUGACGCACGUAUCGAAGUGUUCCGAGCGCCACCCGCUCAGCCAUUCCACAAUCCACCGACAGUUGCGAGUUUCGCGCUCAUGGAUCAAGUAUAGUGUGUUGUUUUGUGUAAUAUAGUGAGAGUGAAGACAAUAACAGUUUUGGCUUGGAUAUUGAUUGAUUAUAUGAUAUAUAUAAAGUGAUAUAACUCGGAUUACAAAUGGAUUCUUUGAGAGUGGCUGCAAACCCAGCUUCCCCACUGACGACCCAAAUGGUGAGCCAACUGCUCAAGCGACGGUCUAUCGUCGGUCAGUUAGUGUUGCCGACUCCAGGAUGCGAAUCCAACCCGAGUUCCGCUUCGACCUCGCCUUCCGCCAUUUCGCCUUCUUCGUCCGCCGACAAAACCGACAACCGCGACCCGUUCAGCUUCUGUCCCGACGCUCAGGAUAUGCGUCGUGAGGAAGAACGGCUAAAGACGUUCGACAAAUGGCCCGUCUCGUUCCUAUCACCAGAACUCCUCGCCCGGAACGGAUUCUACUACCUCGGUCGUGGAGACGAAGUGCGUUGUGCCUUCUGCAAGGUAGAAAUCAUGAGAUGGGUGGAGGGAGAUGAUCCUGCUAAAGAUCACCAGCGCUGGGCGCCGCAGUGUCCCUUCCUGAGGGGGCAGGCGGGAACUGGCAACGUGCCGAUGGACGCGCCGGUCGCUGACGGUCGGGACGAAUGUGGCGUUCGAGCACCUGCUACAUUCAAUCCUCUGCGUAUGCCCGGGCCUGUUCACUCACGAUAUGCUUCAGAAGCGGCCCGUCUCCGCAGCUUCACAGAUUGGCCGCGCAGUAUGCGUCAAAAACCAGAAGAGUUAUCCGAAGCCGGUUUCUUUUAUACCGGCCAAGGCGAUAAAACCAAAUGCUUCUACUGCGACGGCGGGCUGAAAGACUGGGAGAACGACGACGUGCCUUGGGAACAGCACGCGCGCUGGUUCAGCCGAUGCGCCUACGUGCAACUGGUCAAAGGUCGUGAAUACAUCCAGAAGGUUGUGUCCGAAACGUCCACCACGACCAACUCAAACGAGACGAAAGAAAAGGACGCCGCCGCCGAACCCGUACCUCCUCCGAUGAAUGUAAAUACGAGUGCAGAAGACGACGAGAAAGUAGAGGAUACGAAAUUGUGCAAGAUAUGUUUCGCCGAGGAGAGGAACGUGUGUUUCGUGCCGUGCGGUCACGUGGUGGCCUGUGCUAAAUGCGCUCUGUCGACGGACAAGUGCCCCAUGUGUCGCAGAACGUUCACCAACGCGGUGCGGCUGUACUUCUCGUGAGGGGGCGACUGGGGACUGGGACUCGAUGCUAGUCACUACACCGCGGGCCCAGACGCGUGCUGAAACCACGCUCUGCGAGGUCGUUGUUCCGCGGCACACGACACGAUACGACAUGAAAUGUCGCCUCUGGCAGUCGCGACACGCACCACACACGACUGCAGCGGAUAUCGUAUCGUGCCGUCAGCUCCCGCCUGUUUCGACAAUUGGCUAUAAGUGCAAAUAAAUGAAACAACAUUAGUGGAUGCGUACACGGCUCUAGCGUAGUCGUAUGUGAAUGGUGUGUCGUUCUGUCAAUGGUAACAGAAAUACAACUUGACGAUAAAUCGUGUCGUGCCGUGUGUCGUGGAAUGACGCAGUCAGACCGCUUGAAACUGUGAUUUAACAAUUAAUAAUAUAUUAAAAUGUAAAGCGGUGGGGCAAGGAAAUAAGGACCUUUACGACUGCAAACAUAAUACGGAACGAAGUUUAAGUGUAGACAUUGAAAUGAUUUUAAAUUAUUUAUUGUUUAAAAAUUCGUGUGUAAAUAACCUAUUGUAAAUACUUAGCUUAUCAUUUUGUCCCACCGAGAAUAAAGAAAGUAAUUUUAUUAUAUAAUAUAGUAUUUAUUCUAAUUCAAUGAACAAUAAUGAUUCCAUUUAUAUGUCUUUUCUUUAUCAAUCAAGCAAUAUUUAUAUGUUUAUAAAUUAAUUAAACCUUCUUAUUAUUUUGACUGUAAAUCUUCGAGUUCCUGUAU